CACAUCAAAUCCCUCCCACAAUGCACCGCUUACAUCGGCUGAGCAGACAGGGAGGAGAACAACGGAGCAGCCACUCGAACCAAAACAAACCGGGUAGAUAGUGUCCAGUCAUAAUAUAGUAGAAAGGGAGUUCAGGAUAGUUUUUGUUCAUUUAUAAGAUUACUUUAGGACGGAUGCAGCGGUGAUAUCCACUCCUAGCGGCAGCUGGUGGCGGUGCUUUUUAGCAUCAGCUAGCCGGUUAGCUGGUUUUGACUGACGGAGGAAGCUGUGUGAAAAGCUGCUGCUAACAUCAGGCAACUGGCCCCAGCACGAACAGACAAAGGAAACAAGAGAUAAAUAAUACAAAAAGAUAAAUUAUAUCUGAUUUUACUGAUAGGGACCGCUGUGUCGUAAUAGUCGAGUCAGCAGUUAGUUUGUUGAGACUAGCUAACUUAGCUAUUGUUAGGUGAUCUCAGGCUGACAUUUGUAAAUACUGGCUUUGGGUAGCUUUAGUUAACAUAGCUAGAAAACCACAAUGAGCUCUGAAGAGACUGCAGCGUCCACUAAACCCACUCCGGAGGAUGAUGGCAUGACAUGGUGGUAUCGAUGGCUCUGCAAAAUAGCUGGGGUUUUGGGAGGAAUAUCCUGUGCCAUCUCAGGAGUGUGGAACUGUGUCACUGUGAACCCUUUAAACAUUGCUGCUGGAGUAUGGAUGGUAUUGAAUGCCUUCGUGUUGUUCCUAUGUGAAGUCCCAUUCUGUUGCCAGUUCAUAGAGUUUGCUAAUGCAGUAGCAGCCCGUGCAGACAAACUUAAACCUUGGCAGAAAGCCUUCUUCUACUGUGGGAUGGCCCUGUUUCCUGUAUUCUUGAGGUUCUCCUUUACAACCUUGUUUGGAAACGCCAUCGCCUUUGCUACAGGAGUUCUGUACGGCCUUGCGUCUUUGGGCAAAAAGGGAGACGCAGUGACUUACGCCAGACUGCAGCAUCAGAAACAGGGGGAUGAAGAGAGGAUGACAGAAACGGCAAACGGGGCUCCAGAGUGAGGCAUCUGCCUUUCCACCCUCCUCUUCCUCUCUUUUCUUCAGUUCUUACAGAUGAUUUUUUUCUCCCUGUCCUCCAUCCAUCCUACCUCUUCCUCCAUGCUCCUUUCCUCUCUCACAUUUCUGUCACUACAUAACAAUGGUACUGGGUUUAUUUAUUUACUUAAACUGCUGCAUUCUUGUUGUCCUGACCUAAUAGUAUCCAAACAGGUUGACGUUGGAUUAUUUGGUAACUGGCGUGCAAAUGGGAUCUCUCAUUGUGACUUGAUAACUUAGAUUGUAAGUUUUGUUUUUAUGUUUUUAAUUCUUCUUAUGGGUUGUAUUUAUUAUUUGUUUCUCUUUGUUGCUGCCAUCACUUGUCAAUGUGAGGUACGUCUUUUUAGCCCAGGAGCCUUUCAGGAAAUCCGAAUAGAAAUUAAUGUGACUGUAAAAUGUACAUAAUUGACUUCAGGUUAUUCACUAUGACUUUGAGGCUGUGAUUCAGAGUUGCCUGGUUUAGACAGCGCAGCGGGUAAAGAUAAGUCAAAUGAUACACGGGGUUCAGACUUGAGCUGUGUGUGUCAUCCAGUUCUUGGCAGCACACCCAAAUAUUGAUAUCAGCUCAUCUGCAGCUCUAACCUCAUUAUCAUUGCAAAGCUUUGGGCAGUGGGGUGUCCAAAGCCGUUUGCAUGAACUCUCUGCAUUUAAUUCGAAGAACCUACUUUAAGCAGUGAAUGUAUGAAUGGUUCAUAGAAGAGAAAAUCUGUAAUUUUUUGCAUUAGAAGUCAACUAAGGUAACAGUGAAAACUAGUGCUACAAAAGUUGUAUUUCUAUUUAUCAUGGAUCUAUUUAUCACAGGCCUUUAUUUAUCACAAAUAAAGGCCUGUGUGUGUGUUUGUUAUAUUUGUUUUGUUUUAUUAAUUGAUCAUUUUUAAUUGCUUUAAAAAGGACUAGAUUACAAAUUUUAUUGAAAGAGCCUGACUUUUUAAAAUUAUUUAGACUGACAGUUACACCACAGGUCUGUAAAUAACCUGAAGUGUCUCCUUAGGUUUUUCCCCUGUAUUUGAGUCCCAUAUUUUACCCUUAUCGGACUAUUUUAGUAUAGUAUACCAGCAGGCUAUUUGUGUUGACAAUGAUGAUGAGGAUAUGUGAUGAUGAUUUCCAUUGUAUUAUAGUAGGUUCAAUUUAAGCACAUGAAAUAUAUGAGGAGGAAAAUCUAAUUUGUUUGUUGGUGAAGUGUGGCAGUUUGAUUUCAUAACCUUUGACCAACAAUCUAGUUUCCUCUGAGUUGUUGUAUUACUAUGAGUCAACCAAACCCACAUAAAGUAUUGAGCAUCCCAAAAGGAAAAAGAGGGAUUUUGGUAUUACAGUAUUACACCCACUGUGCACACACAAAACUCUGAAUUGCAGCCUGAAUGCAUUUUUAAACAUAGGCAUUAGGGAUAUUUUUAACAUUGAGGAAUGUAUCAGGUAUACCCAAAGAUAAAGACAGUUUAUCUUUACUUUUGUUUUAUGCUUUCAUAUAUUCAUUUUUUUUUUCAGUUGGUUUAAGCACAGCUCAGGCAUUCAUGCACUAAAUGUUCGGUAGCAUGGACUAUAGAGGGAAUUUCAUUAAAAGCUUUCAGUGCAUGGGUAAGCUUGGGUAUGGUUCCUCAUGAUCAAGCUGCCAGUAGCCAAGUUAAUGCUGCAGAUUUUGUGGUACAUUAUGUAAUGAAAAAGCGGAAUGUGCGCUUAUUUGUUCUCCUUUUUAAAACACGUCACCGUUUUGGAAUCUGUUACUGACUAUCUACUGUAUUUAUUGUGAGUCUUAAUUAGUACACUCUACCAAAACCCAUUAAGAUUUAAUGAGGGGAAGUGUCUUGGUCUGUAUUCCACACAAUCAUCAGAGCCAUGGUUUGCCUUUGUCACUCAAAUGAGGUAUACAGUGGUCAGCAAUGUACGGUUUGUGUUAUUUUCUUGCCUUGUUGUGUCACCGGUAAUAAGGAUGCUUUGAGAAUAAUUGUUUACACAUACCUCUUACAGCUGUUUCUGUCUUCAGUCUAUUACUGGCUGCUAAGUGAGUGGAUUAUUCACACAGUACCACCAGCUCUCAGGUAUCAUACUUAAUGCACAGCGUACAGAUACAAAGUAGUUUAUGCAUAGAUCAUAGAUAUAUGGUAACUAGCAUAAGCAUGACUCUAUGAAAUUACUAUAUAUAAUAUAUAUAAUUUGAUGGAGAAGCAUUUGUGAAAGAUUUAAAAUAUGCACAACGAGCGUUCACAAGUGAUUAAACACUACAUACACACCAGCAAUAUGCUACAGUCUGACACUACACACUCUUACACUACAGUUUUAAUAAGAUGUAAAAACAAAAAACACUGCUUUCCUUGUCCACAGUCAUCCAGCCACCCAUCUAUUUUUAUUUUAUUGCAGUGAAAGGCAUCCAAGACUCCUGUGAUUUGACUGAUUUUACAUCUGCAGGUGUUGAGUGUAUAUUUUGCUGUAAGGGAUAUGUGUAUAAUGUGUGUUGUGAUGUGAUUCUUGAUCCUGUUAACAAUUAGUGAAUUAAACAAACUUGCUACUA